AUGAUACCGCCUAGGAAUGUUUUGCUCAAAAUUGAGCGGGAGUUAACCAUUUUUCGCCAGCUCAAGAGACUAAAUCGGAUUGACACUGAAACAAAGCGUCUGCAGGGAAAUGGCGAGGGGAUACUGGAAGGGAGUAGCGCUCGCAACAGGUACAAGGAUAGCAAGGUGUACCUCACAAGUAGCAAAAUAAGUAAAGACAACCCACGUGUUAGCGGUUCUAACGCGAAGGGGAAGAAGGAUGGCCGAUGGGAAGAUGCCACAGCUAGCUACACAAACAUACAAACACAUAACGACAGGAGGAACCUCACCAGUCAGAACGAAGGACAACGUUACAGUAGCAAAAUUUUAACAAGCCGAUUGCAAAGUAUCAGGGAUAGUAGCCCCCCAAGUGGCAGCAAGAGCCAGUGGCCGAUCCUGCGCAAUGACCAAACGGAAAGUACCCACACACACGCAAAUGGAAAUGGAAGUCCCAAUUUGUACAUAAACAAAUUGCACGACUACCUGGACAUAGCGCAAAAAUCAGAAAAUGAAAAAAUAAAAAUAAAUAAAAUUCUAAACAGAUUGAGAAACGAAAACUUAACCAUACAUGCUAUUCUAGAGGUGCUAAAAAGUUUGUGUGUCAUUUUGUUAAAAAGGACUCCUCACCAUUUGGAUAAUUUAAUACCUUUAGAUUACUUGAAUACAAAAAAUGCAGUGAAAAAGUAUAAUAGCUAUUUUGAGGAAUAUUUUACCCAUGUGGAGGGGUACAUACAAAACUACAUUUGCCUCAUUAAUGAAAGGAACAUUUUUGACCUUUUCAAAUAUAUGUAUUAUCUGAAUUAUGCUUUAAAAUUGGAGGUUAUGGAACUCCUGUUGGAAAAGUUUUAUCUGCACAUAGACAAACUGGAUAAUUUGAAAACGGUGCAAAUAUUCUACAUGAUCCAGUCAUUCUACAAGCACUUCUACGCGAAGGAAGUGGACAGUUACCUCACCCUAAUUGUGGAUGAGAAGAUAAGAACGUCCUACAACGAUGACCUCGUUAGGGGAAAACCAUCCUAUUGGAGUCACCCUGCACAGGAUAAUAAAUACACCUUUGGAGACCUGUUUGAGGAGACUUCCCCAAAAUGGACCCUAGGUAGUAACACCAAUGGGCUGUUUAGAAGUGAAUCCGAAAAGCGGAACGAUAACUUCCCACGGAGAGAGGACCUAAUCGGGGACUACAACGAUGGGGAGGUAACAAAUUUAGUCACCCCGAAUGAGGUAGGUACCAACCUAAGAACGAUCGAACAGUCCACCUUUUUCAAACCACCUAGACUGGGUAACCCCGUCGAAGUAGCAACGUCGAUACACGGACAGCAAUUUGGAGAUUACACAAGAUAUACGAAUGAUCCGACUGUAGAGAGGAGGAAAAAAAUAGAAGAUGAUGAAAUUUUGACAAUUUUUAAGUACAUUGAAAAUUUUCACCACAAAAUGAAUUUCUACUACACAGAUAAAGUGGUGACCUUUUUGAAAAAAAAUCGAAAUGAACUCUCCACGGAUACCCUCCUAUGCGUAGCGAACAUUUACCUAAACGGUGAUGACGAAAUGAUGAGCAGGAACUUGACCCAAGUAUUGCACGACCGAGUGGACCACAUGAAUGAGGACCAGUUAGUGCGACUAGCUGACUAUUUGAAGAGGGCAAAAAAUGUAGAAAGCCUCAUCAUGGAAGAUGUCCUAAUGAGGGAUAAAAAGGACGGCAACCAGGGCAUCCCAUUGGUCAGCAAAAUUCUCCAAAAAAUAAAAAACGAUAGCGAAUUGAUCACCCCGAAUAAUCUCGCAGCGGUGUAUUUAAACAUGCAUGAAGUGGUCAACAAAUUGUUGCCCUCCUCAGGUAAUAUUACCUACGGGAAAGGGGACCCCUUAGUAAGUCAGACGGAAAAGGAGGGGACUAGUUAUGUAGACACCCCUGAGGAAGCUACUUCAGAGAUGCCAACGGAAAGGCAAAACCUCACCACAAUGGGUAGUAACAUCCCCAUUGGAGAUGACAAUAAAGGAUUGGCCAUACCGACAGGAACUGUGUCAGAGAAGAACUCCCUCACCCAAGAAGUGAUCAAAUUCUGUGACAAUUACGUGAACAGCAUUUCGCACUUCCCAUCCGUUCUGAGUCUGUACCUUUUGUACAUAAAAAACGACGCGAUAAAAAAUAAGACAAUACAGGCAUUUGAAAAAAAAAUAAAAAUGAAUAAACACAAAUUGACGCAGGAAAAUAUUUCCAAUAUAAUUCUUUCGUUGAGUAUUUAUCCCUACCAUACGACGCAGAUGUUUGCCUACUUGGAAAAUGUGAUCGGUGAAAAAUUAGUCAGUGGGGGGGAAACAACGGUAGACGGAGCAACGGCAAACGUCACAACAGCAGAAGGUAUAAUAGAGGACGGUGAAGCAAACCAUACGAAACACUCCCUUCAUGUGGACGCCAACUACCUAAUUGACAUAGCACUCGCCUUCGGCAUCGCAGGGAGGAAGAAUCUAAACCUGUGGAAUUUUAUUGACGUUCGGAAAAUUGUUCUCACGUGCAACAAAAAACUGCUUCUAUACCUGUCAUACAGUUUUCUGCUGACCAAUUAUGUCUGCCCCGUGUCGUGGUUUUUUCUCAUAAAAAGGAUUGUAGAUGAUGUGAAGGCCUUCAACAAAAAGCAGUAUGAAUUAUUGUACGAAAUAUUGAAAUGUGCCAUGCUGUUUAACUACAUAGACUUGAAUAAUUUUUCCAGUGGAAAUUCAUUCGGUUAUGUAGAUCGGUGGAAAAGGAGUCAGCCACUGGAAGACACGUCCAUCAACAGUUACACCAAUAAGAAUAAUGCCAACCCAGCUAGCCAUUUUCUCAAAACCUUUCAGUACCUUCUAAACGCUUCUUACUUUCACUACAAAAUGAAGUUGAUAAAUAAUCAGUACACAUCCAAAGUUCCUUACGAAGAGGUUUUUAAUUACUUAAAAUUAAAGUAUGAAAAAAAUGUGGAAUUUAAACAGCUGUAUAUAAUGCCCUAUUUGCUCACUGACUAUAACGUCAUCAUAGACCCGUUGCCAAGUACUCCUAUUCACAGAUCUAGUGGAUACAUAAUGGGAGAAAUACAACUAAAACACAAAGUCUUUCAGUGUGAUAACUACGUGGUUCUAUCCUUUUAUGAUGGUAUGUGGGAUGAAUUUUUAAAGGCACCCCAUGGGGGUGAAGACGUCUCUUAUGAUAUCAAAUCUCUAGCUGAGCACUUCAAAACGUAUACCGAGUCACACAUAAAAAUUAAAAUUAACAAGGGUGAAACGGUUCGCCCCGGUGUCGGUAUGCACAACGGUGGGGCGAGUACCUUAUCCGGCAACAACCCCAGUGGCGGAACUAUGGCCCCCCUUCCGCUUGACAGCAAAGUCAAAACCGGAGGACCCCCACCAGGCAUUCAAUAUCUAAAGUACACAAGGAAGGACUCCCCACAGGAGCAGAGAAACAAGUACUUAACACAUAAACCUAACAGUGUGAGCUCCAAUCAAGACCAAAAUAAAUACUUAAAAAUUAAAACAAAAAUCGGGAGGAGAGCGCCCUGA